CCCCAAGGUGUGGGCUUGUACCUUGCCCCAGUGCUUAGGUCUCCAUUUGUCACUUGGGUGGAAUAGUCCUACGGAAGGGGUGAAUAGACACAUCUCAUGAAGACUGAGGAGAACGGAACGAUGGACCCCAGUCUGAAGGACCUGGCUUGGGGUGGGGGUUGAUUGUCUUGGAUUCCUAGACUUUGAGAGCCAAGAUCUCAAAUUCUUUUCUUCACACAAUUCUGAGGCCAAGAAGGGGCACAACGGAGUGAAGUAAUACAGCUAAGGUCACCGUCGUGUCGUUUUUCUUCCCAAGCCCUCAUUGCAUAUCUACAGUGAGGACUCAAUUAUUCAACUGUAGGAAAGGCUCGGAAAAGGCAAAAAUAUCCACGGAACCGGGGACCUUCAAUCCCACACGGUAGGCUACCUGUGUUAGGGGAAACCACGCCAUUACCGUGACAGCAGAACACGUGUGGUCCCCCACGUGAGAAGCAGGAGGACGGGAGCUAGUGUGCCCAGGCUUUGAGGAAGGAAGGGCUGUGUGGGGAGCAGGGCGGGCCUGAGGCUCCGAGCGGGCGGGGCCGGACGGCUGGAAUCCUUCCUGCGCGACGGAAGGGCAGAGCUUUGGGUCUCCGUGGAGACAGUUGCUCCUAGCAACCUGGCGGGCGUUGAUCGGAGCCGUGGGCGCGAUGGACGCGGAGAGCCUCCUGCUGUCUCUGGAGCUGGCGUCCGGCAGCGGCCAGGGCCUCAGCCCCGACCGUCGGGCCUCGCUGCUCACCUCCCUCACGCUGGUGAAGCGCGACUACCGCUACGAUCGGGUCCUCUUCUGGGGCCGCAUCCUCGGCCUCGUCGCCGAUUACUACAUCGCGCAGGGCCUGAGUGAGGACCAGCUCGCACCACGCAAGACGCUCUACAGUUUUUCUUGGGCUUCCUCCCUCAAGAGAAGGGGCGGUGGCAGGAAGCCUGGAAACCAGGAUCAUGGGGAUGUUGUUGGCAGCCUGAACUGCAUGGAAUGGAGCCUCUUGCCCCCGGCCACGGAGGAGAUGGUGGUGCAGACGUCUGUGGUGAAGGGUCGCUUCAUGGGGGACCCCUCGCAUGAGUAUGAACACACUGAGCUGCAGAAGACGAACGAGGGCGAUAAGGUCUUUGAAGAAGAAGUGGUGGUCCAGAUCAAGGAGGAGACCCGCUUGGUGUCUGUCAUUGACCAGAUUGACAAGGCUGUGGCGGUCAUCCCUCGAGGAGCCCUUUUUAAGACUCCUUUUGGACCUAUCCACGUCAAUCGGACCUUUGAAGGACUGUCCUUGUCUGAAGCCAAGAAGCUCAGUUCCUACUUCCACUUCAGGGAGCCUGUUGGGCUGAGGAACAAGACCUUGCUGGAGAAGGCUGACCUGGACCCUUCCCUGGACUUCAUGGACUCCUUAGAGCAUGACAUCCCCAAAGGGUCCUGGAGCAUCCAGGCGGAGAGGGGCAACGCCCUGGUGGUGCUGCGAAGCCUGCUCUGGCCGGGCCUCACCUUCUUCCACGCUCCGCGCACCAAGAACUGUGGCUACAUCUACGUGGGCACUGGCGAGAAGAACACAGACCUCCCCUUCAUGCUGUAGGAGGGGGCAGCCGGGAGUGUCUGCCGAGUCUAAACAGGACUUUCAUAAA